AUGGAGCAACCUAACAGAUCAACUACUCCGGCCGAAGUGGAGGUUCAUGCCCAAAGCCCCACGCCUCGUCAGCAGCCCAGACUUAUCCUAUGCCCUCCAUACACUCGUGUGCACAUCCGCACACACACACACACACACACACGUCUGCUGUGCCGGCUCGGCGACACUCUCCAAUUGGCCGGGCAUUUGCCAGUUUGCGUAACAAGAGAUUGCCACGACUGUAGGCGCUCUCGACACGGACAGAGCGGAUGCCAAUGCCUCGUUGAAGGCGGUCAAACCAACAAGUGCCUACCGAUCGAAUGUGUCUGCUGCGCUGAAAAGCAGCCGGCUGCCCAGCCUCGGUCUGUGGCACAUUCGUGCCCAAGUGGAAUUGGCCUUCAGUCUACCAAACGGCCGGCUGGCCGAUCAAUGAAGUGUAACAGCGGCCGAAAUCGUGCCUGGCCGGUGCCGGUACGAGUGAAGUCAUACAGCUUUCUCCUUUCGCCUCUCUCUUCGCUGCACCCACCGCCAAUGAAAAAGUAUCCCUCGCCCAAUGCAGGCCAUCACGUGGCUCGACACGCGGAAUCGCAGCUUCACGCGCUGCACUCGAGAUCGAGCCGCCUCGGUCGGUCAGAUCGAGCAGCGCACGGACUUGUAGAAAUCUGCGGCAGGCAUCGCCCGUCCGGCGCGAAGGGGUGUGCUGUCUGUGUUGGCGGGAGACGAAUGAAAAGAGCCCCAAGCCAUAAUGUUUCAGGACUCGCCUCGGCCAAUCUGAGAAGUGUGGGAUUUCGCCUGGGCAUUGCUCUAUCGCCUACGGACGAAGAUGGGCCAAGUCUGCCGUCUGGCCGGCACCCUCGGACCGGACAAGGCCCCUAA